UUAACUAUUUUGUGGUUAAUAAAUUUACCUACUUUCUUCUUUUGACUACAAUAAAUUUAUCUACAUACUUACUAAACAAAAACAAAAACAAAAGGAAAUCCAUCAUCACAUGAAAGAAAACCAGGCAUUGGACACAACAUCACAGACUAGCAAACCAAAUUUUGUGUGUCUCUGUGCUGUAACAAACAGCUACUCUCUUACUCAUGCAUUGAUUCCAUAAUCUCUCUCUCUCUCUCAGAGACGCCAUGUAUCGCCACAUCUACACCGCCCUUCUUCUUUUCAUUCUCUCCAUUUCCCUCUCUUCAUCAUCAUCAUCAUCAUCAUCAUCACCAACGAGUCAAAUCAACUCCAACUCAGUUCUACUAGCUCUUCUCGACUCACAUUACACUGAACUCGCCGAACUCAUUGAAAAAGCAAUGCUAUUACAAACACUCGAACAAACCGUUGCCACUCACAACAUCACCAUCUUCGCACCAAACAACCAAGCUCUCGAACGUAAUCUCGAUCCCGAUUUCAAACAAUUCCUUCUCCAACCGGGUAACAUUCAUUCUCUUCAAUCUCUCCUCUUGUUCCACGUGAUUCCCACCAAUAUCGGAUCUAAAAAACAAACCGGCUCGACCCGCUUCAAAACUCUCUCCAACCAUAACAUCAACGUGGAUACGAAUAUCACCACCGGAGAAUUAACGGUCGAACAAAUCAAAAUCGUUCAUCCGGAUUUUAUAACCCGACCCGACGGCGUCAUCCACGGGAUCCAAAAUCUCCUUAUACCACGCUCCGUCGUGGACGACUUCAACCGCCGCCGUAGUCUCCGUUCAAUCACCGCCGUGAAACCAGAACCAUCACCAGAAGUGGACACGAGAAACCACAAGCUAAAGAAACAAAAACAACCUCCAUCGGAAAAACCAGGUUCACUGCCGAAACUUCCGAUCUACGAAGCUAUGUCACCGGGACCUUCCCUGGCCCCGGCCCCGGCGCCGGGACCAGGCUCCCCGCACCACCACUUCAACGGCGAUGCAAACGUGAAGGAUUUCAUUAAAACGUUAAUCCGUUACGGUGGUUACAACGAAAUGGCUGAUAUUCUCGUAAACCUAACGUCGUUAGCAACCGAAAUGAGCCGUUUAGUUUCGGAAGGUUACGUAUUAACAGUUUUGGCACCAAAUGACGAAGCGAUAGGGAAGUUAACGACGGAACAGUUAAGUGAACCGGGUUCACCUGAAGAGAUAAUGUAUUACCAUAUUAUCCCUGAGUAUCAAACCGAAGAGAGUAUGUAUAAUGCGGUUAGAAGAUUCGGGAAGGUUCGAUAUGAUACGCUUCGGUUACCGCAUAAGGUUUUGGCCGAGGAAGCUGAUGGGUCUGUUAAAUUUGGGAAUGGUGACGUGUCGGGUUAUUUGUUUGACCCGGAUAUUUAUACGGAUGGGAGGAUUUCUGUUCAGGGGAUUGAUGGGGUUUUGUUUCCUAUGGUGGAAGAGGAGAAGGUGGAGCGGGAUAAACCCGUUUCGAAGAUGGGUCAACCCGGAAAAGUUCAACACAGAAGAGGUAAACUUUUGGAAACAGCAUGCUGGAUGCUUGGAACCUUUGGACAGCAUUCUAGACUCGCCUCUUGUCAAUGAAAAAGCCAACAUUAUAUUUUUUUGCUAGUAAAAUUCCUUAGUACAAGAUGCACAGAUUGAUGAAGAUCUCAAAGAUCUUAAAAACUCAAAUAGGCAGAUCUUGCUGGAGAUAAUAGCCAGCUGCUAUGGGUGUGAUUUCCCACAUUUUUGUUUUGCUCUUCUUCAUUUCUUCUUCAUUAUUUCCUUCAUUUGUAUUUUCAGUCCUAAAUGAGUGAGCAAAAGCUUCUCUAGUCUUUUUGUCCUACAAUUUAGUGCAUAUAUGUGUUUUUAGAGAUUCAAUUACAACUGCUACUCCAAUGUAAUAGGUGGGUUGUGUUGGUUUAAUCGAAAGGUUUUCUGAACUGCAACAAGGCAUUGAACCUUUCUAACAGACUUGUUCCUAUUCAAUGAGUAAUUUUCUCGAAGAAAUAAAAACACAAUGAUUCUUUGCUGUAGUA